AUGUCACAUUCCGCCACCGCUUCGCCUACGCUCUCCACCACCACCUCCCCCAAUCAUUCCCCCUCUCUCCAUCACCCCACCGAUUCCAUGUCUGACGACGAGAACGACGGAGCUCCUCCAUCUCCUCCUCUGCCAGUCACUACAAAAACCGAGUCUUUAUCGGAGACUCCGAAAUCGGAGGGUCACACUUCCGCCCGGACCCCGACGCUCCCCGUCAGGGAGGAUUGCUGGUCGGAAGAGGCGACUCGGACGCUGAUUGAGGCGUGGGGGUCCCACUACCUGGGGCUUAACCGUGGGAACCUCCGGCAAAAGCACUGGCAGGAGGUGGCCGACGCCGUCAACGCCCUCCACGCCCACACCAAGAAGCUCCACCGCACCGACGUCCAGUGCAAGAAUCGCGUUGACACCGUCAAGAAGAAGUACAAGAUCGAGAAGACUAAGGUCGUUCAAUCCAACGGCCGAUACGCCUCCACGUGGCCUCACUUCGACAGCCUCGACUCCCUCAUCGGAGAUACCUUCUCGAAAGCUAAUAGUGUCCCUAGCAAUGGCCAUAAGAAAAACCUCCGUCGAAGAGUUUCUCUAUCUCCGGAAGUUUCUACCUCGCCGCCGCCGGCGAAGACAAAGAUGACCGAGUACCGGAAAAGAUCGCCGGAGUCGAUUACUCAUCUGCCCAAGGUGCCAUGGUCGGUGCCGGUGGGGCCAAGGUCAAAGCGGCCCUUGAAUGGGAAUUUGACCGAGAGGAAUUUCUCUGUGAUGGCCGCGGCAGCAGCAGCAGUCGAGGCCAAAGAAGAGGAGGAAGAUGAAGAUGAUGAGGAUGAAACAUGGCUCAGGCAGCUGCCGGUUGUGGGGAGGAAAAAGCGGAGGCUGGUUGAGGAGGCAGAGGGGUCCGUAUGCGACGGGUAUGGGAGGUUAGCCAAGGCCAUAUCGAGGCUAGGGGAUAUAUACGAGAAAGUGGAGUCGGCCAAGCAGAGGCAGAUUGUGGAGUUGGAGAAGCAAAGAAUGCAGUUUUCCAAGGAUUUGGAGAUUCAGAGAAUGAAAAUUUUCAUGGAUUCCCAGGUUCAGGUUGAGAAACUGAAGCGCAUGAAGAACCAUUCACGAAAUUGUACAGUCUGGCAAGCCCCGACCGAUCAUUUUGGAAAUUACCAGUAG